UACUUGAAGACCGUGAAGCCAAUGAAAAGAAUGCAAUUGAUUAAGAUUUUUAUCAUUUUGUGAUGUAAGAGUUCACAUGAUUGUCUGUCAUAAUCAAAUUAUAACAAUAAGACUGGUUCUGCAUAGUAUGUGCUAAGUCAUGGCAUCAAGCAGCAAAAAACUUUCAGACAAAGAAGCAAAACAAAGGAAAACUCUAUCUUUUCGAAGAACUGGAGUUAGUGCAGAAGCUGCAACUGUAGAUAGUACAUUUGUACCAAAGGUUGUUGUAAAGUCCAAUGCAGCCAAACAGCGCAUACAAAAGGCCAUAGAAAAGAGCUAUAUUUUCAAAGGUCUUGAUAAAGAACAAGUUCAGAUUGUAGUUGAUGCUGUAGAAGAAGAAAAACACAAAACAGGUGAUGUGAUUAUCAAACAAGGAGAAUCUGGCCUUAACUUCUACUUGAUGGAGGCUGGAUCAUGUACUGUAUGGAUAUUGAGAGAUAAUAGCCCAGAGCCCAUCCAUAUUCACACUUAUGGCCCAGGAGACAGUUUUGGUGAACUGGCACUUCUUUAUGAUGCACCGCGGGCAGCCACUAUUAAAGCUAGUACAGAUUGUGUAUUAUGGGCCAUGGAUCGUGCAACAUUUAGGGCAAUAUUGAUGACAUCAACAGCUACAAGAAGAGAUCUGUAUGAAGAAUUUUUAUCCAAUGUUCCAUUAUUACAGAGCCUUGAUGUAUAUGAAAGAUCAGCCAUUGCAGAUGUUUUGGAACCUGAAUACUUUAAUGUUGGGGAAUCUAUUAUAGUUGAAGGUACACCUGGGGAUAAAUUUUAUUUACUGGUUGAGGGAACAGCAGAGGCUAAAACCAAGAAUCAAACAGUUAUGAAAUACAGUAAGGGUGAUUAUUUUGGUGAAUUAGCACUUUUGAGCAAAGAGCCACGAGCAGCAUCUGUUAUAGCAGCUUCUGCUUGUAAAGUUGUAUCUAUAGAUGGAGAAAGUUUUAAGAGGUUGCUAGGAAAAGUUGAAGACAUCUUGCACCGGAAGAAAACAGAAUAUGCAUCAGCAACAUCUAAUCUCACCUAAUGUAAUGUAUUAAAUAUUAAAUUAUUAUUGCGUGAAUGGGUUUUGUAAUGCAUAAAUAUGAAAACUGUGCUAGCAUUGCAUACAUUUACAACUUGUUCAUAUAUUAUACAAAUACAAGCACUUCCAAAAAUGAUGUGUUAAAAAGUUUUAAAACCCCAAUUUUGUAUCUUUGUUGAUGAAAGAUGCAAAGCAUACAGAGCAAAAAUCUCCCACACAAACAUAGAAGUUAAGUUACAUAAUUUUGUUUUGUAGAUGUACUCAUGCAUAGGUUGCAUCAAGAUGUCUAUAAUAUUUUUACUAAGUAGGUGCAAAAUUGUCAAGAGAAUAUAAAUAAUAUUGACAUAAAUCUAAUACUAAGUGGUUGAGAAAUGUUAAGCAAGUUGAUAUGGAAUUAAAAAUGUGCAAGACUCACAGAUCAA